AUGGAGGGCUUUUCACAGCAUAUGGGCCUAAUGGACUACUUGCCGAGGUCGCGUGAUCAGGCGAAUUCAUCGCCGAGUCAGCAAAUUCCCGAGGUGAUAUCACCAAUGGCCGGACAGAUCUCGCUGUUUGGCAGCUAUGCUUCUGAAGGCCCUGCAAAGCUUGACGUCUCAAUGGAUCGCCAGGAUGAGGUGCUCGACUGCAGACUUGAGCAUGCUGCGCUUGUGGCCAGGCAGCUGCGCCUUCAAGCGGCAGAGCAAGAGGCAAGCAGGGAGGCGAUUACGGUGCAGCUUAGGUUAGCAGCUUUGCGGGAAGAGGUUCUGCAGGAGCAGAAGCGGCAGGAGUUUCUGCAAGCAGCCUUGCAACGUGCCCAAGCUGGCGGCGCCGCAUUGCAAAUGGCAUCGGCCAUGACAUGUCAACGCCAAGAGGCAGCUUUGGGGGCCCGGAGUCAACUUCUUGCAGGGAAGCCUCUGGUGUCAUCUUUGGAGUGUCAGGCUUCUGCGAGUGGAGCUACAAGAGAUCCGAUCAGAGCUGGCGGCUGA